AUGUUGGAUUUAUUGCUAAAGUCAGUAAAAGGACAUCGCCAAGGAGUGAACUACUUCUUCAAUAAUGCCAGCAUACGAUCAUUAACCUUGAAAGGUUUCAAUCAACAACGUUUAGUUCCAAGAUCUACCAAAGUAAAUUUCUUACGUUCAAAUACACAAAUAUUGAAAUCAUCAAUGUUUAUGAAUCCAUUUAAGAUGAAUAGCAAGAUUAGCAUUACUCAGCAAGUAAGAAACAUGAGUUUCAGAGGAUAUAAUCGAUAUCGUUUUUCUGAUUUACAAUGGAAGAAGUUAAAGAAUCCAACCAUAUUUACAGUAUUAUUCUGUGCUGGUACGACGCUAGCAGUACCAUUUUUAUUUGAUAACACUCCUUUGUCUUAUUUGAAAAGGAAUCCACGAGUAAUCAUCUGGGGUUUAAUUGCCAUUAAUGGAGCUGUCUUUUUAGCAUGGAAAGUCCCAAGUUUAAAUAGAUAUACCAUGAAAUACGGUAUAAUAUUUAAAGACCACAUUCAAUCAACCGGGGCAAUGUUAGGAUCCGCAUUCUCCCAUCAAAGUUUUGUUCAUCUUGCUGUGAAUAUGCUUGCACUUUAUUCCUUUGGUACCACACUCAUCUCAUACAUGGGAGCAACCCAAUUUACCUUACUUUAUUUGAAUUCCGCCGUUAUUUCCUCAUUGGCUUCAAUCGCUAUACCUACUUUAUUAAGAGGACCAUUGGCUGUGGCAUCUUUAGGUGCUUCCGGAGCAGUCUUUGGGGUAUUUGCAGCAUUUGCAUUCCUUUUCCCCAAUGCAGGUAUUUCGUUGUUCUUUUUCCCAAUACCUGGAGGAGCUUGGACAUUAUUCUUAGGAUCAUCUGCUUGGAAUGCAGCAGGAUGUAUUUUAAGAUGGGGUGUUUACGAUUAUGCUGCUCACUUAGGAGGUAGUUUUAUCGGGUUCCUUUACGCUUUCUGGUUUAAGAGAGAAAGAAGUCAAAGACUUCGUAAAAGUAUGUCUAUGUUCCGUUAG